AUGAAUUUUCAAGAACAUUCAAAUCAAAAGUCAACCUUGAAGGAGAUGCAAGAAAAGGAAUACCCAUUCCAAGAUUCUGACGUCUGUGAAAUUUUUGAUGAGUUGCUUGAACUAAAACUCAUUGAGUUGCCAAAGAUGAAGCAGCCUGAUAAAGUUGGAAAAACUAAUGACCCAAAUUAUUGCAAGUAUCAUAGACUUGUAAGUCACCCUCUUGAAAAAUAUUUUGUCUUCAAGGAUAAAGUUAUGCGAUUGACUAAUGAAAAGAAGAUUGUAUUUGAUGAUGAGAAGGCCAGUUCUAACCAAAUCUCUAUCAUAAUCAGCUCUCUUGAUCCAGUCCAAAUAUGUAUCUCUGAAAAGCAUAAAGAAGAGUCAUUAGAGAAAGACAAAUCCCAAGUUGAUGUAGACGAUAAGAAAGGGGUAAAACUCGACGAUGUCAAAUCGACCAAGUCUGAUAAGCUCACAGGUAAAAGAGUUGAUAUGACUGUUGGGAAAGUCAAGGUUGAUAUUAAGGAGCCUUGUUCCAUUUUGAAUGAAGGGAAGAUCAUGUCCUCGAAAAAGAAGUCUUCUUCUAUACUCCAUUAUGUCCCAAAGGUGAAGAAAGAAGAAGGUCAAUCAUCUUGCAACCAAGGAAAUGUAUUUAAAGGAAUAACCCUUCUUAUCAAACAGAUUGAUGCAAUAAACUUAUCUUCGAAGCUACGGGGGAAGUCAACUGCCCAAAAUCCAUCGCAAGAUGUGAUUGAUGAAAAGUUUGGAGAUAUUGUCUGGUGCUAUCAUAUAUCUAUCAAUGACAAUAAUCCUCAAAAAGAGGAAGACGCUAAAGAUGCUCCGCCAGAAUUAGAAAAAGAAGUGAUGACCAUAGUAGAUCCCUUAAAGGAAGUUAACCUUGGAACUGAUGAAGAUUCAAGGCCAAUUUACCUGAGUGCCUUUUUGGAAGUUGAUAAAGAAAUUGCUUAUUUGGAUAUACUCAAUGGAGCUUGCCCUGUUAAGCAAGCUCAAAGACGGUUUAGGAAAGACUUGGUUCUAUUGAUCGAGAAUGAAGUUAACAAACUUAUUGAAGCAGGAUUUAUUCGUGAAGUCAAAUACCUUACAUGGAUUUCAAGUAUUGUUUUUGUGAGGAAGAAGAAUGGCCAAAUUCACGUUUGUGUUGACUUUAGAGACCUUAAUAAUACAUACCCUAAGGAUGAGUUUCCUCUUCCUAUUCUAGAGCUGAUGAUCAAUGCUAUAACUAGCUACAAGGCAAUGUCUUUCAUGGAUGGUUCAUCCGGCUACAACCAAAUCCGUAUGGCACCAAAAGAUGAAGAACUCACCGCAUUUCGCUUGCCUAAAGGUAUUUAUUGCUACAAGGUGAUGCCUUUUGGUUUAAAGAAUGUUGGCGCCAUAUAUUAA